AUGGGCCUCAAGCCGUGGGUCGGCGCGCUGCUGGGGAUAGCAGCCGUCGCGAUAGCAGCGGAAAAUGAUCGGUGUCGAGACAGCUCUUGCUACCCGGUUACCGGAAAUUUGCUCAUCGGGCGUAAGGAGCAGCUCUCAGCCACCUCCACUUGCGGCAUGCAUGGACGGCAAAGAUUUUGCAUCGUUUCCCACCUGGAAGACUCUACGAAAUGUUUCUACUGCGACUCCCGCCAGCCUUGGAGCUCGAACCGGGACCCGGGCAGGAUGUCGCACAGGAUCGAAAACGUCGUCACCGAGGCGUUUGAGGACAAGACGAGGAACUGGUGGCAGUCGGAGAAUGGGGCACAAAACGCUUCCAUCCGUCUCGACCUCGAGGCCGAGUUCCACUUCACUCACUUGAUCAUGACGUUCAAAUCGUUCCGCCCGGCCGCGAUGAUCAUCGAGCGAUCCGCAGAUUUUGGAAAGACAUGGCAAGUGUACCGCUACUUCGCCUACGACUGCGCCAACACGUUCCCGAACGUGCAGGAGGGCAACCCCACCCGGCAUAGCGACGUCAUCUGUACCAGCCAGUACAGCGAUGUGUCGCCGUCGACUGGAGGAGAGAUCGUCUACAAAGUCCUGUCCCCGCACAUCCACACCGACGACCCGUACUCCGAGGAGACGUCGCAACUUUUGAAGAUCACCAACCUCCGCUUCAACUUCACCAAGCUGCACACACUCGGUGACGACCUGCUGGAUUACAGGGCCGAGAUCGACGAGAAGUACUACUACGCCAUCUACGAGCUGGUCGUGCGCGGUUCCUGCUCGUGCUACGGUCACGCCUCUAGGUGCAUUCCGAUCGAGGGUACGGACCCGAACUAUGACCGGCCAGAUAUUGUCCACGGUCGCUGCGAGUGCAUGCACAACACCGAAGGUUUGAACUGCGAGCGCUGCCGUGACUUCUACAAUGAUAUGCCGUGGAGGCCGGCUGUUGGCACCGAGACCAACGAGUGCAGACGUUGCGAAUGUAACGGUCACGCCGCUCGCUGCCACUUCGACCGCGCCGUCUUCGAGCAGUCCGGCCACGUCUCGGGAGGUGUUUGCGACGAUUGUAUGCACAACACCCAGGGCAAGAACUGCGAGCAGUGCAAGCCGUACUUCUUCCGCGACCCGCGCCGCCCGAUCUACGACCCGCACGUCUGCCUGCCCUGCCAGUGCAGCAAGGACGGAUCGCUCUAUGAUGGAAUCUGCGAGGGAGAAGAAGACGCAGAGCGCGGCCUGGUAGCCGGAAAGUGCUACUGCAAGCCAAAUGUUGACGGGCCGAGCUGUGAUCGGUGCAAAAACGGCUACUGGAACCUUGACUCCGAGAACCCGGACGGUUGCGUCGCGUGCACCUGCGAUUUGUUGGGAACGAUCGAUAAUGCUGGGUGCGACAAGUACACCGGGCUAUGUCACUGCAAGCGCCUCGUCACAGGGGAGAACUGCGAUCAAUGCUUGCCGGAGCACUACGGACUUUCCGAGACCCCGGAGGGCUGCUUCCCGUGCGACUGCAACAUCGGAGGCUCCUUGGACAACACCUGCGACCUCAAGACCGGCCAAUGCAAGUGCAAGGACGGAUUUUCGGGCAGAACUUGCGACGUCUCCGAGUCGUCCACCUUCUGCGCCAGCAUCGACCAUUAUACCUAUGAUGCGGAGAAUUCGAAUAUUACCAAUGCCGACGUCGAGUACCGUGAACGCCCCGAUGAGGCCCGGGACCACACCUGGACCGGCGAGGGCUUCGUUCGUGUUACCGAUCGUAGUAUGCUGGCCUUCAAGGUCGACAACCUGCAGACGAGCAACGACUACAACAUCGUGAUCCGCUACGAUGGCCAAAGGGACCCGGUCGGCUGGGAGAACAUCCAGAUCACCAUCAUCCGCCCCGACGACCCGAGCCCGGACAGCCGCUGCAAGGACGCCAACCCGUCCGAUGACUUCCUAAUUGCACGCCUGCCGCCGGGUGGCCGUUAUAUUGAGGUUCAACCUGCCGUCUGCCUGGAUGCCGCCACCCCCUACGAAAUUCGCCUCCAGUUCGGCGAGAAGCGCACUGGCGUGAAUGACCGUGGCGCUACCCUCCUGAUCGACUCCAUCGUCCUCGCCCCGCCGAUGCAGGCCCUGGCGGAGUUCCACACGCCCCGAGGCCAGCCAAGUCGCGAAGAAUACGAGCGUUACCAAUGCCGAAACAUCGCCCUGUCCAUCACACCGCUCAAGGAUUACACGGAGGUCUGCACGAAAUACAUCUGCCCGGUUGCGGCUAUGGCUUUCAACACCACGUUGGAUUGUGAUUGCGACCCGACCGGAUCUUUCUCUGGCAUUUGCAAGCCCGGCGGUGGCCAGUGCGAGUGCAAGUUGAAUGUUGUCGGAAGGCGAUGCGACCGUUGCGCCGUCGGAACUUACGGAUUUGGUCCGUCUGGAUGCCAGGAAUGCGCUUGCGACUCGAUCGGAUCUCUGCAUAAUCAGUGCGACAAGCAGUCCGGCCAAUGUCUCUGCCGCGAGAAGGGCAUCUACGGACGUCAGUGCAACCAGUGCCAACCCGGCUUCUGGAGCUUCCCGGAUUGCCGUGUGUGCCAGUGCAACGGCCACGCCAACAUUUGCGACCAGCAAACCGGAGCUUGCAUCGAGUGCCGAAAUCUGACGGCUGGACACUACUGCGAUCGGUGCCAGGAUGGAUAUUAUGGAGAUCCACGACUUGGUGUCUCCCUGGCCUGCAAACCCUGCCCGUGCCCAGGCGGCCCGAACAGUGGCUUCCAACAUGCUGACACUUGCUAUCUGACCCGAACGAAUGGAACUCAAGACGUGCAAUGCAACUGCCGACCCGGAUACGUUGGCGAACGAUGCGCCGAGUGUGCCGUCAACCAUUGGGGCAACCCGAAGGCCGUCGGAGAGGAGUGCGUCAAGUGCGACUGUAAUGGCAAUAUCGAUAUGGGGGUGGAAGGCUCGUGCGACAAGGAAACCGGCGAGUGUCUGAAGUGUCUCUACAACACCGAGGGUGCCCAGUGCGAGAACUGCGUUUCCGGCUUCUUCGGAGAUGCCAAGAUUCGAUCCUGCCAACGCUGCGUGUGCAACCAUUUGGGAACGAAUGCAACUGCUGGAGCCUGCGACAUCAUCACCGGCCAAUGCCCAUGCUACCCGAACGUCAUUGGGGAGCAGUGCGACCAGUGCGCGGACAAUCACUACAAUUUGGCCAGUGGAGAGGGAUGCGCCUCAUGUGAGUGCGACUCGAACGGUGUCAUCAACGACCACGAGGGCAACCCGCAGCUUCAGUGCAACAGAUUCGACGGACGUUGCCAUUGCAAGGCUGGACGUGGAGGACGCACCUGCUCCGAGUGCGAGGACCUCUUCUGGGGAGACCCGACCAAGGCCGACGGCUGCCAGCGCUGCGAGUGCAACCCGACGGGAAGUGCUACGGCCCAGUGCAACCGCCAGAAUGGAACUUGCGUGUGUCUGCCAGGCUCUGGAGGCGCCCUCUGCAAUGAGUGUGCCCGAGGAUACACCGGCCAGUGGCCGUACUGCCAGCCGUGUGGUGACUGCUUCCACCAGUGGGACGGUAUCGUGCAGGGGCUGAAGUCGAAGGUCGAAGGUCUCAUCAACACCGCCAACAACAUCGAGGACACCGGUGUGGCGUCUGCCUACGACGAAAAGUUCGAGAAGAUGGAGGGCGAACUCGCCGAGACGAAGAAGAAGCUCGAGGAGGCCAACAUCAGCCAGGAGCACCUCGACGACCUCGAGAAGAAGAUUGACCGCCUUCGCGGCCUGAUGACGAAGGCCAGGGACCGUCUGGACAUCGUCGAGAGCAAUGUGGCAAAUGCUACCCAGGCUGUGGACUUUGCUGAGCAGGAGCUGGAAGAUAUGGAGGCUGAGGCCGAGCGUUUGACGCAGAAAUCGAUGGAUCUGCAGGAGAAGGCCAACAAGAUCAAGGAGACCGAUGUGCAGGGAGCCUACAAUAUCACCAAGGAGUCCGCGCAGAAGUCGCUGGCGGCUCAGAGGAGGGUUGAUGCUGCAAUGGGCAAGGUCGCUGAAGCCGAAACCGAGGCCACCGCCACCGAGCAGCUCAUGGAAAAGAACCGCGAAGACUUUGACGAGCAGUACUCCCAGAACGAGAAGCAGCUCCAGGAGAGCGAGCACGCUGUUCACCUCCUCGAGGCCGCACUCCCCGACCUCAACAAGCAGGUCUGCGGCGCGGCUGCUGCUCCUUGUGAUGCACUGUGCGGAGGACCUGGAGGGAAGUGUGGCGGAAUUUGUGGAGGAAAGAGCUGCAUGGAAGGAGCAGUAUCCCAAGCCGAGCAAGCGAAGAGCUUCGCGCUCGAGGCUGACCUGAAGCUCAAUGAGAAGCAGAAGGAGAGCGAGCAGGUGUUGACGCUGGUUCGCGACGUUCUGUCGGUGACUGAUGCUGCCAAGAGGGAGGCUGAGGAGACGUUGAGGGUCGCGAAAGAAGCAGCAGCUCGUGCUAACCACACGCGAAAUGAGCUCGACACCAUGGUCGGCGAGAUGGAAGACUUCAUCAGCUCUAACCGCAGCUCCCCCGAACAAGUUCGAAGCUUGGCCGAAGAGGUCUUGAAGAUGGAGAUCAGCCUCAAGCCCGACCAGAUUGACGAGCUCGCCAAGAAGAUCCACGAGGCUCUCGGCAAGAUCAACAACAUUGACGCGAUCCUCCGUGAAACCCAGGCAGAUAAGCAGAAGGCGACGAGCCUUGAGGAGGAGGCCCGACGAGCUGAGGAACGUGCUAAUGUCAUCAAGAAUACCACGGAAACUGUUAGGGAGGCACUGAAGGUUGCCCAGGAAGUACAGACGGCUGCUAACGAUGCGAUCAGGAAUGCUGAGGAGAAGAUGACCAAGGCUAGAGAAAACCUCGAAUCCGCCAAGACUGAGACAGAAGAAGCCGAGGGACGCGCCAAGUCGGCCAACGAGACCAUGGCAAAGCUUGAAGCUGAUUUGAAGAAAGUUCGCGUCCAAUACUUACAGAUCUCUGACGACGCCAAGUCGGCUUAUACCUCGGUCGAUAAGGCCCAACAAGCCGCCGCAACAGCCGAGGCUCAGAAUAAGCAGAUCGAGAACGACAUGGCUACCGCCAGAAAGUUGCUUGUGGAAAGGACAGAAGGAAAUGAAGCGCCGCAGAAGCGAGCUGAAGAGCUGAGACAACGUGCUCAUAAUCUCCUCUACAAGGCCAAGAAGUACAAUGGCGACAUUUCUGCUCUCACCAAGGACUCGACAGAGCUCCAGCUGGCCGACUACGUCCAGGUUCUCGAUCAGCUCAACCAGCGGUUGACGACGGUACAACACGACAUCGACCGCCGCAUCGACUACUACAGCAACUGCGAGCACGGCCAGUCGUUCAACCCGGCCUAU